AUGGUUGGGAAAGUUCCAAGAACACCUACGAAGUUAUAUGUUGUUAAAAGAGAUGGUCGGAGGGAAAAAGUACAUGUAGAUAAAAUUACAUCUAGGAUACAAAAGCUAUGUUAUGGAUUGAACAUGGACUUUGUGGAUCCAGUGUCUAUUACACUAAAAGUAAUCAGUGGCCUUUAUCCUGGAGUUACUACAGUAGAGUUGGAUACUUUAGCUGCUGAAACUGCUGCCAUGAAGACAAUAGACCAUCCAGACUAUGCAACUCUUGCUGCAAGAAUCUCUAUGUCGAAUUUGCAUAAGGAGACCAAGAAACAGUUUAGUGAGGUCAUCAGUGACUUACACCAUAUGGUUGAUUCAAGGACAAACAAACAUACGCCUAUGAUAUCGGAGUUUCACUAUAAUAUUGUAAUGAAGAAUGCGGAUCGGUUGAAUUCCUGUAUUAUCUACGACCGAGACUUUUCGUAUAGUUAUUUUGGUUUAAAAACUUUGGAACGAUCUUACUUACUCAAGAUCAAUGGUAAAAUAGCUGAACGUCCUCAACAUAUGCUUAUGAGAGUUGCUGUUGGAAUUCAUGGAGAAGAUACUGAAGCUGCUAUCAAUACAUAUAAUUUGUUAUCAGAGAAGUAUUUUACCCAUGCCAGCCCUACUUUAUUUUCUGCUGCUACUCCAAAAUCGCAACUUUCAUCUUGUUUCUUACUUAUGUUACCUGAUGACAGUAUGGAGGGAGUAUUCGAAUUGUUGUCUCGUUGUGCUUAUAUUUCAAAAUCUGCGGGGGGAAUAGGAAUCAAUAUUCAUAAUGCUAGAGCUAAAGGUACCCAUAUUAAAGGAACUCAUGGAGAGGCGAAAGGUUUAGUGCCCUUACUAAGAGUUUUCAAUAAUACUGCAAGAUAUGUAGACCAAGGAGGCAAUAAACGACCUGGAGCGUUUGCUGUGUACCUUGAACCAUGGCAUGCAGAUAUUUUAGAUUUUUUGAAUCUCAAGAAAAACACCGGUAAAGAAGAAAUGAGAGCUAGAGAUUUGUUUUUUGCUCUUUGGAUACCUGACCUGUUCAUGAAAAGAGUGGAAGCAAAUGGAAUGUGGUCUUUAAUGUGUCCUCAUUUGUCACCAGGACUUUCUGACUGUUUUGGAGAAGAGUUUGAAAAGUUAUAUGAAAAAUAUGAAGCAGAAGGAAAGUUCAUUAAGCAAUUACCUGCACAAGAAGUUUGGAAAGCUAUAAUUGUGUCUCAGGUAGAAACUGGUACACCUUAUAUGCUAUACAAAGACUCUUGCAACAAAAAAAGUAAUCAACAGAAUCUUGGUGUGAUAAAAAGUAGUAAUUUAUGCACAGAGAUUGUAGAAUAUACAUCACCAGAUGAGAUCGCUGUAUGCAAUUUAGCUUCAAUUGCUGUUAACAUGUUUGUUAGUGCUGAUAGAAAAACAUAUGAUUUUCAGAAACUUAAAGAAAUCACAAAAGUUGUUGCAAAAAAUCUUGACAAGAUUAUUGAUGUAAACUAUUAUCCUGUACCAGAAGCUAAGAAUUCUAAUAUGCGCCAUCGUCCUAUUGGCAUUGGUAUUCAAGGUUUAGCAGAUGCAUUCAUACUCAUGAGAUUGCCUUUUGAUAGUGAAGAAGCUAGUUUACUAAACAAACAAAUUUUUGAAACUAUCUAUUAUGGUGCAUUAGAAGCCAGCUGUGAAGUAGCUCAAGAGAAAGGAACUUAUUCAACUUACGAAGGCAGUCCUGUUAGUAAAGGAAUCCUUCAAUAUGAUAUGUGGGAUGUGACUCCUACCGAUCUUUGGGAUUGGGCAGUUUUAAAAGAAAAGAUUAGCAAAUAUGGUAUAAGAAACUCAUUGCUUUUAGCUCCUAUGCCAACCGCCUCCACUGCACAAAUAUUAGGCAAUAAUGAAUCAAUUGAACCAUAUACUUCAAACAUUUAUACUAGAAGAGUUUUAUCAGGAGAAUUUCAAGUGGUCAAUCAACAUUUGAUUAACGACUUAACUGACAGAGGAUUGUGGGAUGACACAAUGAAAAAUCAGAUAUUGGCCAAUCUUGGUUCGAUUCAAAAUAUUCCAUCUAUUCCUGAUGAUUUAAAAGCUAUUUACAAAACAGUUUGGGAGAUCUCUCAAAAGGUUAUACUUAACAUGGCUGCUGAUAGAGGAGCUUUUAUUGAUCAAAGUCAGAGUUUGAAUUUACAUGUUGAAAAACCUAGCUAUGGAGUAUUAUCUUCUAUACAUUUCUAUGGUUGGAAAAAGGGCCUUAAGACUGGCAUGUAUUAUUUGAGAACAAAGCCAGCAGCUAAACCUAUACAAUUUACUGUAGAUAAGAGCAAACUUAUGAUCAAAAAUCAACAAAAUGGAAGUAUAGAAGGUAUGCAAAAUGGUACAAGUAGUAUGCAAAAUGGUUCCAGUAAUGUUCUAAACGGCUCAAGUAGCGUGCAAAAUGGUUCAAGUUAAGAUGCAUCGGAAAUUUAA